AUGGCGGUGACGUCACGGCGGGCGGUGAUGGCGGGCCCGGGCCGGCCGCUCCCGUCAGGGGCCUCCUCCAAGUGGGACAUCCGGGAGAAGGUGUGGGAGCACCUGGAGGCCUCCGGGCUGGCCGAAUUCCCGCGGCCCGUGCGCGGCCGCAUCCCCAACUUCAAGGGCGCCUCCCAUGCUGCCACCAGGCUCCUGGGCUUGCAGGCGUUCCAGGCUGCCUGUACAGUAAAAAUAAACCCCGAUGCUCCCCAGAGGAACGUCCGUUUCCUAACGCUGGAAGCAAGGAAGACUUUGCUGGUUCCCACACCACGUCUGAGGACUGGACUGUUCAAUAGGAUUGUUCCCCCUCCAGGUGCAACCAAGGAGAUCCUGAGAAGAUGUGCCACGUCUCAGGGUGUAAAAGACUACAGCGUGCCUGUGGGGCUGGAUGGGAAAGCACAAGUGGAUUUGGUUGUUGUGGGAUCCGUGGCUGUCUCUGAAAAAGGCUGGAGAAUUGGCAAAGGGGAGGGUUAUGCAGACAUGGAAUAUGCAAUGAUGGUGUCCAUGGGUGCAGUGCAGGAGGACACACCUGUGGUUACCAUCGUGCACGACUGCCAGGUGCUGGACAUAGCAGAGGAGCUCCUGGAUGAUCAUGAUUUAACUGUGGAUUUCAUCCUCACUCCAACAAGGACUAUCCAGACUAAUUGCAAACGACCUAAACCUCAGGGAAUAAUGUGGCACAAGGUCAGCUCUGAGAUGCUGGGAAAAAUCCCCAUCCUAAAGACUCUUCGAAGCAGGGAGAAGCAGGCUGGCAAGGAUGUCACCCUCCAAGAUGAACAUCCAGCCUUGGCAAACACCAACAGAGCAGCAAUUUCAAACAAGAAGGUGAUGGCUGCAAAUACCCAACCAUGGGCUGCUCCAGUGGGACAACCCCAUGUGGAAAGUGAUCCUGUAAAUCCCAAAUUGGAGGGAUGUGACACAAUUACCACUGUGUAUGUGGGGAACCUUCCUGGCAGCCUGAGAGUGAGCGAGCUGAAAAGUGCUCUGAGGGAAUUGCAGGUGACUCCUGUUCGACUGAGCUGGCAGGGAGCACAGCACAGAGCUUUCCUGGAUUACAGGGAUCCAGAAACUGCAGACAGAGCUGUGUCCUCAUUGCAGGGCCUGAGCCUUGGGGGCAAUGCUCUGAGAGCAGAGCUGGCCAAGAACCAGAGGAACAAAAGGCAAGGAGAAAUCAGUAGUCACAAAUGAGUAUGGAGGAGAAAAAAAAAAAAAAGCAACAACAAAAAAAGGUGUUUUCAUUGUUUUGUGAGAAGCCAACCUGAAGUUUUAAGCUUUUUAGUAACCCUCAGGUUUAACAAAACCAAAUUUCUACACAAACUUUCCUGACUCCUGCACUUGGACAUGCAAAGGUUUGUCCCCACAGGUGACAGAGGAGCCAUUUCUCUAGAAACAAUUGUCCACAAAGUACCCACACUGGUUUUGGUGCUAUUUGGUGUUUUUGUUAAGCCUGGGUUAAAACCCUGCUCCUUGGCACCUGCAGCAAGGUGGUUCCAGUCAGUCAUUUAAGGUUAGACCUGCCUCUUUAUACCUGUGAGGGUAAAAGCCAACAGCAGGAAAUCUGUCCUAGGGGAAACAAUUUUGUUUGUUAAAAAAUGCUUUUUGCCUGUUGGGAGUUUUAAAUUAAUUUUUUAUAAAAAUGGCCAGAGAGAGAGAGAGAGAUUUUCUGUUUUGUGCCUUGAAGAAUGGCUGUGGAAACACUGCCUUAGUUCUAGUAAGAGCUGGAAACAUCAGGUGGGAAAGAUGGGAACCCUUUUCUGAGCUUUUUGCUAAACCAGCCCUUGGUAAACCUUAAAUUUCUUUUUUUCAGAGGAAAGCAAAUCCCAGUUUUCUCUGUUUUCCCCCAGAACUGCCUUUCUGAUGGAUCAGAUAAUUAUAAAAUAGCUGCUUUUCCUGAUUGUGUCUUAUAAUGGGAUAUGAUUCCUUUGCCUCUGUGAAAUAACAUUAUUGUUAUUACUAUUA